AUGCCUAGACCGAAGAGAAGCAAAAGUAAAGUGCAAAGCGCGUCAGGUCAGCGCAGGGCUAGUGUAAAAGUUUCCUCUUCGAGCGAGUCGUCAAAUGACGAAUAUAGUAUGGAUAUUGAUGAUCAAGAAUUAUCGUUCAAUGAAAAAAUUAUAUUGACCGAUAUUGGUGAUCUUGCUGAGAUGUGCAAAUCGAAAUGUGACACAAAAUAUCUUAACAUAUUGCUUUAUAUGUCGCUGCGUUACUUCAACAUCAAAUGGGAAGAUGUUGAUGGGUAUUUAAAGACUAUUGAUUUCAUGACCGCGAAAACUUCUCAUAAAUGGGGAACAGUGUUUAUUAAAGAAGAUUAUGAAGAAGAACGUUCAGAAGUGGUCGUGGCCGUAGCCAUAUGGUGUACAAAAUUACCAGCUAAAGUUAAAUUAGAUGAAAUUCGUGAAAUAUUUUCAAAACAUCGAGCUUUUCAGAAUGUAAGUCAGAGUCGUUCCACAUCUUAA